AUGUUCAUGCUUGAGCACGCUUACCCGGAGGUGCUGUCCAGAUCGGCACUGUCACAGGCAACCAGCCGGGUCCCGGUCCUGUCACAGGUGGUCAAGGUGGUGUCCCGAGGAGAGGAGUUGGCUGAGCGGACGUACAGCCAUAAGUCCGCUAAGCUGAGCCUGCAGCAGGGCUGCCUGCUGUGGGGCUCCAGGGUGGUGAUUCCGCAGAGCUUGCGGUACACGGUCCUGCAGUUGCUGCACGUGGGCCAUCCAGGCGUGGAGAAGACCAAGAUGUUGGCCCGGUCCCACGUUUGGUGGCCUGGCCUGGACCAGGACAUUGCUCGCAUGGUGCGGAGCUGCCAGACCUGCCAGGAGGACCAGCGAGCCUCUCGCCAUGUGGAGGGCCACUACUUCCUGGUGGUGGUGGACACCUUCUCCAAGUGGGUGGAGGUACUGCCAGUCACCACUCCCUCGGCAGGGGCCACCAUUACGGCGUUGCGGCAAGUCUUCGCAGCGCAAGGGUUGCCGGACGUCAUCGUGUCCGACAACGGUCCUGCUUUCGCCAGUGAGGAGUAUCUGGCCUGGCUGACGAAGAACGGCAUCCGCCGGAUAUUGGUUCCACCGUACCACCCCGCGUAG